AUGGCCGCUCUGGCGCCGGCGGGGCCCGGGGGCAGCGGCGCCCCGGCGGAGGAGCCGCGGGCCCGGGGGGAGAGGGAGCGGCGCCGCGCGGCGAGGCAGACGGCGGCAGCGGAGCGGCGCUACCUGGAGCGGCUGGAGCUCGUGGCCACCUUCUUCGUGGCCAUCCUGAAGGCCAAAGGGACCCUGAAGCCAGCGGCACUGGAGGCCCUCUUUGGGCCCUGGGAGUCUCUCUGCUCCGCCAGCAGGACUCUGGUUUUUCAUCUGGAGAGAGGCCACUUGGCUCUGGGCCUGGAGGGCUUCCGUCACCAGCUGGUUCUCUACAGCCAGUAUGCUGAAAACUUUGCACAGGCCAAGAAAACUUUGCAGAAACAAGUGAGGAAGAACAAAUCCUUUGCCCGCUUCAAGAAGCUUCAAGAGACUCGUCCCGAGUUCAAGGGCUGCCGGUUGGAAGAUCUGCUCCCUCUGCCUCUCCAGAGGCUCCCCCAGUACAAGGGCUUCCUGGAAGAUCUGGUGGAAAACACCCUUCCGGAAAGCUCCGAGUUUGAACAGCUUACAGGGGUUUUGAAGUCUGUCACCGAGGUGUUUCAUCAAGUCCAAAAAGUGUCUCGCUUCCAUGAGAACUCCUGCCAGAUGAGCCGGGUUCAGAAACUGCUCAAGGGACAGAAGAUGCAGGUGUUCGCUUCAGGCCGCUGGUACCUCCGGGAAGGGUGGCUGAUGGUGGUGCCCCCUAAGGGAGAGGAAGUGCAGCGGAGGAUGUUCUUUCUCUUCUCGGAUAUCUUGCUGGUGACGAAGCCGUGCCACCCACUGCAUCCUUGGAAUUCGCACAGAUUUGCUUGCCAGGCUGCCUACCCGCUCAGCCAGUGCACGCUGACGAAAGUAUUUGGCCACACCCAGAGUCAAGGAGGGCUGCUUAGCCUGUCCUUCCCACACAAGAAGCUGCUGCUGAUGUCCUGUGAUCAGCAGGACUUUAACGAGUGGCAUCAAAACCUGGAGACUGCCAUCAGGUAA